AGUGAGUAGAGAGGAGAGACAGUCAGGAUCCAAUUAGAGGACCGACUCAGUGACAUUGCGGGAAAGCGAAGUUAGAGAAAGUGUGUGUGCAUCCACCAUCGGAAUGGCUUUGCAGUGUAGGCAACGUUUUCUUCAAGCUGGAUUAGACCGCAAGAAGCCUACUGGUGUGUAGCGGCUGCAGCAUCCCUCCCGUCCGUCACCAUGCCAUCAGUCUCUCUCAGCUUGCGAACCGCCUUGGCUGGUCCUGCCCGUACUUGGGUCUGUCUAUCCUGCAUGUUCUGGCCCGAGGAAUUGGAGACUUUGCAUUCACAUACCUUCCGGGAGAAGACUUUCAAGAAGACCAAGCACUGCAGUGUGUGCAAACAGACCAUCAUCUAUGAUGGACUUAUCUGCAGAGUGUGCCGAAUUGCUUGCCACAAGAAAUGUGAACCAAAGGUGUCUUCAUCUUGUGUUCCAGCAACAAACUAUGAGCUUGCGCCCAGCAGUGACAUGCCUCUCAAGCAUGUAGAUACAAUGGGCUCCACAAAAUCGUCCAAGAGCAUGGAGUCCCGACGCAGGCCUUCCAGGAGUGUAAGCCUACUGCAGUCCCUGGAGGACAGCUAUGAGCUGGACCUGGUUUACAUCACAGAGAGGAUCAUCUCUGUCUCCUUCCCUGGCAGCGUAGAAGAGCAGAGCUAUGCCUCAAACCUGCGUGAAGUUGCCUCCAUGCUGCGGUCCAAACAUGGUCACAACUAUCUGCUCUUCAACCUGAGUGAGAAGCGUUAUGACAUAAGUCAACUUAACUCAAAGGUAUUGGACUUUGGCUGGCCUGACCAUCAUGCACCAGCUCUGGAUAAAAUUUGCAGCAUCUGCAAAGCCAUGGACACUUGGCUGAGUGCAGACAGCCACAAUGUGGUAGUGAUACACAAUAAGGGCAACAGAGGCAGAACUGGUGUGGUGGUGGCUGCUUACAUGCAUUACAGCAAUAUAUCUGCCAGUGCCGAUCAAGCUCUGGACAGGUUUGCCAUGAAGCGCUUCUAUGAAGAUAAAGUGCUUCCUGUGGGUCAGCCCUCUCAGAGAAGGUAUGUGGAGUACUUCAGCGGUUUGCUCAGUGGACACAUCAAGAUCAACAACAAGCCCUUGUUUCUUCACCAUGUAAUCAUGCACGGGAUCCCCAACUUUGAGUCCAAAGGAGGAUGCCGUCCUUUCCUCAAAAUAUACCAGGCCAUGCAGCCCGUUUACACAUCUGGAAUCUACAAUGUUCAAGGGGACGGUCAGACAAGUAUUUGCAUCACCAUUGAACCUGGUCUGCUUCUGAAAGGGGACAUUUUGCUCAAGUGCUACCACAAACGUUAUUGCGGUCCAUGCCGGGAUGUGAUUUUCCGGGUGCAGUUUCACACGUGUGCUGUUCAUGACCUGGGAAUUAUCUUUGGAAAAGACGAACUCGAUGAGACGUUCAAAGAUGAUAGGUUUCCAGAAUAUGGGAAGGUGGAGUUUAUUUUUUCCUUUGGCCCAGAAAAAAUGCAUGGUCAAGGUAUGGAUCACCUAGAAAACGGGCCGAGCGUCUCUGUGGAUUACAACACACAAGAUCCUCUGAUUCGUUGGGACUCUUAUGAGAACGUCAACCAGAAUUGUGAGGACACUUCAGAGGAAGUCAUCCAUACCCAAGGACCUCUGGAUGGCAGCCUCUAUGCCAAAGUGCGCAAAAAAGAGUUUGUUGAUGGGCGUGUGACAGCCAAUGGGCCCCCACCCAGUGCUAUCGAGCAUUCCCUACCUGCAGUUGACCAUGCCUUGUCAGUGAGCAGUGACUCUGGAAACUCAACAGCCUCCAUUAAAACGGACCGAACUGAUGAAAUGGCAGCACUCCCUCAGACCACUUUGCUGAACCAAACAAACAUUUCCACAGUUGAUGAGAUUCCCCACGUGCUUCACCACAACCAGCAACCCAUCAGCCCUCAAGAAAAGCAGGACCUGGAGCAGCUCUUAGGUGGAUUAGAGGGGCCCAUGCAUCAUCAGGGCUCACUCUCCUCCCCGAGUGCUGCUGUUGGAGGCAUACUUCACUUGGUCCCUGCCGAGGUCCAUGUGAAUGAUCAUAGUAAUGUUGACCGUGAAACAGACAUUUUAGACGAUGAAAUGCCAACUAGCCAGGAGGGCAACAGUGUAGACAGUUUGGGAACUUUCUCCUCCACAGAUGGCGGAGCCACACCGGCAGAUCUUUACUACCAGUCUGAAUCCGUCAUCAGUUGCCAGGACCGUGUGCUGUACCUGGGGUGCAGUGUUCCAGAAAAGCCCCUGGAAACAUUGGAAUUGCAAAUUUGCGCAUCAGGCAAAACUGUUACUCAAAGUGAUUCAGUCCCACCUUCUAAUUACAUGGGUACUCAGAAUCUGUACCGUUCACAGUCAUUUGGAAUUGAUGCACAAUCUAUGCCACCAGCUCCCACCAGGACCACAAGUAGCAGGGAUGCUGUUCAACGUGGUCUCAAUAUUUGGCAAAAGUUUGGUGUACCUGAAGAGCCAGUAACAGAAGGACUCACAUUUGGACUACCAUCAUCUGUAGCACUGAUUCCAGUUCACCAGAGUCUUCCACAGUUUCCUCAUCACCACAGUGCUUCACAAGAGGAGAUUGAGAAAUCAAUAGAGACUCUUAAUCUCCUCAUGUUGGACCUGGAACCUAUCCGUUCUGUAAUGCCAAAGUCUCAAAGUGCUCCUCUGAGAGAAACCAGUGUUGUGACCACACAGCCGUCCAUCUCUCAAAGUCAAACCAGUGCUUCCUAUGAGGUGGAUGCUGCUAGUCAUUCUCAUUUGUCCGGUCCAAUGUCUACAAAGGCCAGUCAUCAUUCACCAACUCACGUGUCAAAAGGAAGUAUUUCGGAGCCUGCACCUGUCCCUGGCUUGAAAACCUUUCGAACCCUUCUUUCUUCUCAAGCUUCCCCAACUGCAACUACCGAGAUCCAGCCAAUCAACACCUUCCCCACAGACUCAUUGUCCCAGUCCACUGAGGCCUUUGAGCCUCAGACAAGCCUGAGUGCUGCGUCGUCAUCACCCGCUUUGAGGGAUUGUGAACCUGAUGAAGUCUUCAAUGUCGAAGGGCUGGUGGCUCAAAGAGUUGCUGGUGUCCAUUCCCGCGCGGCAUCUUUGGAUGAGCAGACCACCCUUCCCCGUCGUCGAAUCACAAGUGACAGCCAAUGCCAUACCAGUCCAGAUGAUGGUCCCUCCCCUGAUGUCCCACUCCGCUCCCCGAUCCGUUGCGUUUCUCCAGAGUUUGUCAACGCCCUAGCGAUGAACCCUGGUGGACGACCAAAGGAGAGGCACAUGCACAGCUACCGGGAAGCCUAUGAGGAGAUGGAGAGUGGGCCAACCAGCCCGACCCCCACAGUUGGUGGUGAGGUGCUUCCCCGAACCCCUGCCUUCCCCAUCUCGCCGCAAACCCCUUACUUCAACCUAUGUCGGUCACCUCCAGGUCUUGCUAAGACUCCACUUUCGGCUUUGGGAUUAAAACCCCACAACCCAGCAGAACUUCACCUCAAUCAAACUGGCUCAGAACCCAGAAGUUACGUAGAAUCUGUCGCAAGGUCAGCUGUGGUAGGCGGAGAGCGGCCCACGACAACUCCGAGUCCACGAGGAGAGAUUAUCGGGCAACAGAAAAGUCCAGGUUCCGUCUCCCCUGCCCUGAACUCACCUUUGUCCAGUCGUAGACCCAUCCAGAACUCACAGGGGGAUGUUGGCCUAGCAGAGAGCAGCUUUAGCACUCCGUCCCACCCCUCUACUGAUUCAAGUUUCCACACUCAGGCAGAAGUGAGCGCACACCCCACACCAACGCCCUCAUACCAACCACCAACUUCUACCAAGUCUUCUCAUCUGGAUUCCAUUCAUCCGACAUCAUCCUUCCUUGGGAGUACUCCUCCUGUUAUGUCUAAUUUAUAUCCUAACACCCAACCGAGGAGUCAUGUGGCCACAGAUUCCAGCCUAUCCACUUGGUUAGAGCCCUCUAAGACCAUAACCAGCCACGAAUGUCCCCAAAUGCAACAACGGGUAGAUAGCCUGAACUCUACUGACGAUAGUGUGUUCCAGAAGCACCCAAGUGCUUAUCAGGAAGGGUCUAUGGGGUGUCAGCAAACAGCACCAGUAAAUGGCCGCAUUGAAACUGGGGUUCUGAGGUUUAAUGGCAGUCCCAUCCUUGGACGUCAUCAGUCUCAGGGAAGUCAGAUCAGCCAAGUACUCAACAGACAGGAUUCUAUGGCCGAAGAGUCUCAACGAAGCCCGGUCUUGAGUAGACAGCCGUCCAUGGGACAACCCAUGCAGAGUAGUCCUGUGCUUAGCAGACAUCCAUCUAUUUCCCAAUCCCAUGGAAGUCCAGUGUUGGGGCGUCACCCUUCUGUGUCACAGAUGUCCCGAAGGAGUCCAAGUUUAGACCGAAACCCCACGCACAGUGGCUAUACCAUGCCCAAUGAGAGGCAUGGCAACCUGUCCAGACAGAGCAGUUCCUCUGGAUACCAGGGACCGCCCAUGCCCUCUGACCCUAUGUCACCUGCAGCCUACCCGGAGGGCACAAUGACGGGGAUGAGUUUAGGGUUUCGAGAGGAAAUUGCAACCCCUGUUUUUCAGCCUCAGCUUCCGGAAAAGAGGCGCAUGUCAAGUGGGGACAGACCGAAUGGAUCAGUGUCGUACAGCUCAUUGAACGGAAAAACAAUGAGUGGCGGAAGCACUCCCAGUUAUUUCCACACCCUCUCUGACUUCUCAAGGUUUAACAUGUCUGAUGGAAGUGCAGAGAGCAGGCUGAAUGUAAAGUUUGUCCAAGAUACAUCAAAAGUCUGGUACAAGCCAGACAUAUCCAGAGAGCAAGCAAUCGGCAUGCUUCGAGAAAAGGAACCUGGGGCCUUUGUUAUCCGGGACAGCCACUCAUUCAAGGGGGCUUAUGGCUUGGCUAUGAAAGUUGCCUGCCCCCCACCAUCGGUGCAUCAAAACAAGAAAGGUGACACCACCAAUGAGCUGGUGAGGCAUUUCCUGAUUGAGAGCAGCCCAAAGGGAGUGAAACUGAAGGGUUGUCCCAAUGAGCCAUAUUUUGGUUGUCUGUCUGCAUUGGUCUACCAGCAUGCCAUCACACCACUGGCUCUGCCUUGUAAACUACUCAUUCCGGAAACAGAUCUACUCGAGAAGGAGCCAGAAGUUGUAAAAACAAAUCAGCUGGCUGACCGACUGAAACAAGGAGCAGUGCAGAGGGCCCCUGCUGAUUCCCAUGCAUGCAAUGUACUCUACAUAAACUCGGUGGACAUGGAGUCUCUGACGGGUCCCCAGGCCAUUGCAAAGGCCUUAUCCGAGACACUGGCUGCUGCUUCUCUGCCUGGUGCCACCAUUGUGCACUUCAAGGUGUCUUCACAAGGCAUUACACUGACUGACAACCAGAGGAAGAUUUUCUUCCGACGCCACUACCCCUGCAACACUGUCACAUUCUGUGAUAUCGACCCUCAGGACAGAAAAUGGAACAAGUCGGUGGGAGGCACAGCAAAGCUGUUUGGUUUUGUGGCUCGUAAACAGGGAAGCACAACUGACAACGUGAGCCACCUUUUCGCUGAGAUGGAGCCCGACCAGCCUGCCAGCGCAAUCGUCAGUUUCGUAUGCAAGAUGAUCACGUCGCAAAAACGAUGAGAGCUUUCAAGAAACCCUGGCACUUUUGUCACAUGUCUUUGGUUACGUACUUUCCCUCCUUUGAACCACACUCCCUUUUCUCUGGACAUUUUAGUUUCACCUUCUUCCGCAAGGCUUCUGUGUGGUUAUUUGUGUCUGUGUGCAUGUGUGUGCGUGUUGCAUUGUACUUUUCUUUUUGAACGGAUCUCCUGAAUGGAACCGAGGAAGUGCAGAAUGUGAUACGGCUCUGUGACGUUGGAUAGGGAUGCGUGUUAUAGCUCCCUGGCAGGGUAACGUUUGAACUGCAGAAGUCGUGUGAGUGCUUUGUUCAUGUUGUUGCGGUGUAUUUUGUGUAUUGUCAAGAAGAAGUCAAGUCGAUAGUGGAGUGUAAGUUUAGCAGGCUUUUGACUGUUUAACCAAAUAUGUUUUUUUUACGUAGUCAGGGCUUGUCAGAGGAAUAUAAUAUGGCUGCUUUGUUCAAAUUACUGAAUGAUUUCAUUCUACUGAUACUGUAGGUCAAUGAGGCACCGCCACUAUCUUGCAAAAAUAUGUUACAGGGGUCGUUGUAUGUAAAUACUUUGUCUGGUUUUAUGGCUUGGAUUAUUGAAAAAGACGUUUGUCUGGCCGAGUUUUUUUAAUAAUACAAACAAGAGCAAAAGCUAAACAUUUUGCAAGGCUCUUGCAAAUAUGAAAAACACGUAAUCUACAACGGAUUUAUCCUCCAAAUCUGCACAAUAGUCACAUUAUUUUGUUAUACAUAAGGGUCAGAUGUGCUUUAUAGAAAAGCAUCAAUGUUUUAUUUCAUUUUAAAUGUGUCAAAAAUAUAUACAUAUAUAUUGUAUAUAUAUAUAUAUACUAUAUAUAUAUAUAUAUAUAUAUAUAUAU